CACUUUUGAUAAUCUUUUUUUAUCACAGCUUUUAUAACUAAACACUGUUCAGAUUGACUGUUUUAAGUCUGUAGAUUAACUGCAGGACCAGCAACAUGAUUCCAGUCUUCAACUUCCUCCUCUUCCUCUCAAUGACAGCCAUUUCUCUGAGGGCUGCUGUCAUUAAAGAUCCAAAUGAUGAGUCUUUGGGUGCCGUAGAAAUUAUUAAAAAAGUCAACACUGGCUCAUACAGGUCUAUGGAUCCCCCAGAAGCCAUUGAAAAAGUCAAUGCUCACUCUUCAAAAAACCUGGUUCAUGGUGACAUUGUUCCUGCUACAACCAGGAAUGCCGAUCCGUGCACAGCCAUUGGCUGCAAGUGGCCUAAAACUGGACCCUAUGUCUACAUACCUGUCUCCAUAUCCUCUGUAUACUCCACCCAAGAGCGCAACAUCAUCAUCAAUGCCUUGGUGACCUUCCAUGAGUCCACCUGUAUUCGCUUCAUCUGGAGGACAAACCAAGUCAAUUCCAUCAACUUCUUCUCUGGAGAUGGGUGUUAUUCAUAUGUGGGCCGUCAGAGCCAAGCGCAGCUAAUCUCCCUACAAAGAAAUGGUUGCUUGUACCAGGCGACAGUGCAGCACGAGGUUCUUCAUGCUCUGGGCUUCCACCACGAGCAGGUCCGCUCUGACAGAGACCAGUAUGUGAGGAUCCUCACCCAGAACAUCUUGCCAGGGCGAGAACACAACUUUGUGAAAGUGCAGACCAACAAUCUGCAGACUCGCUAUGACUUCAACUCUGUCAUGCACUAUCUCAGAACUGCGUUCUCCCGUAAUGGGCAGCCAACAAUUGUUGCCAAGUCCAAUCCUAAUCUGGAUUUCGGACGUGCUACUCAGAUGAGUGCCAACGACAUUGCCCGUAUAAACAGGCUUUAUGGAUGCUAACUCUGGCAAGAAACUUCAACUCUGCACCCAGAUACUUCAACUCUCAAUACAUCAAGUUUAAGGCAAAUGCAGCAAAAUGUGAAAGAAACAGAAAACCUGCUGCAAAUAUUGGCAUUUGUCACAUAUAGAGAAAUGAGUUUCUGGGUCUUUGUUUCAGAGAGGCUAGACUGCAGGGCCAUAUGCUAGAGGGUGAUGGUUUUACAUCUCUUUCUGUUGAUGUUUCUCUUUCUUUAAUCAAUUAUAACUAACUGAUUUCUUUAUCUAUGUAAUUGGAUAGACAGAGCACCAACCCCCGCCAACACCACCCUCUUCCAUUUGUGAUUGCUGUUUUACUCUGUGCAUGACCAGCAGUUUCUUCUGUAUUAAAAAAAUAUGUGCACAUAAAGACAACUUUCAGUGAUAGAAUAAGAAUUUGAAUCUUUUUUUCUGAAGUAAAAUUUGCAGUAUAGGGUAGCAAACAGUCCUGAGGCAUAUUAACACUUCAGAGAUUAAUCUGUUGAAAUCAAGUAGAACUAAGUCAAACUAAUAAUAAAAUAAAUUGGUAUUGGGGGGGUCCAGUUUUCAUGAGUUUUUUUUUCUUGGUUUCUGAACU